UUUAGGGAUUACUUUGUUAGUGUUACAGGGAUUAGUUCGUCAAUAUUAUAGAGGCUACUCGGUCAAGGGUUACUCGUCAGUAUUUUAGAGGCUACUUUGUUCUUUUACAAACGACCAUACGAUGUGGCCAGCAACACACAAGACGCCCUAUGAUGUUUUACUGUACUCACUUAAACUAUAUUUUCUCUAUUUUCUUUUAAAUACAACACACUUUCUUAGCACGCACUUUAAAAAAAGAUUUAACAAUGUAAACAGACACAUUAAUCAAAAUAAUUUUUAAAUGUAAUAACUCACCCUUCUCUAAUUACAGCGUUCAAAUAUUUAAUGGGCCUUAUACAAGGCUGGCCCGUUUACAUACUCUUAUCCCAAUCAUCAUCAUAAUCUUGAACAAAGGAAGAAAGAAGAGGAAGAAAAUCGUUCAACACUUACGCAACUCUACUCCCUCACACAAAUACACACUUGAAGAAACUGCAAAAGUGGCAAUGGCUGCUCUUCAAAGCUCCUUUACUUCUCUUUCUCUCUCCUCCAACUCUUUCUUUGGUCAACGCCUCUUUCCUUCUCCUACCUCUCUUCAGCUCAAGCGCUGGGAACGGAAGGAAUGUAAACCAAACAGUCUCCCAAAGCAUCAUAAUGUGCAGUGUAUGAAUGAAACAGCAGAAAUUGUUCGUCCUCUUGCUAAUUAUCCUCCUAACUUAUGGGGCGAUCACUUCCUUAACUAUGCUCCCCCGAACGAGGUUACCCAAGGUCUAAUGGAGCAAGAGGCAGAUGAGCUUAAAGAGGUGGUGCGCAAAGAAAUUUUGGUCGUUGACAAAGACACAAAAGAAAGACUUGUAUUUCUAGAUGAUAUACAUCGACUUGGAGUUGCAUACCAUUUUGAAAAUGAAAUUGAAGACACUUAUCAAAAGUUCCACAAGAAGAUGUAUGAUGAUAGUUACUAUGAGGAUGAUCUUUACUAUGUUUCUCUACGAUUUCGUCUCUUACGACAACAUGGAUUCAAUGUUUCAUGUGAUGUAUUUGAAAGCUUCAAAUGCGAGAAUGGAAGUUUUAAGGAUAGCUUAGCAAGUGAUAUGCAAGGACUAUUGAGCUUGUAUGAAGCAUCAUAUCUAGGAGUGCACGGAGAGAAUACACUCGAUGAAGCUCGUGCAUUUGCUACUACUCAUCUAACCUCCUUUGCUAGACAAUUAAGCUCUCCCAUGGCCGAACAAAUAGCCCGUUCCUUGAAACUACCCCUUCAUCGACGUAGUAUAAGGCUAGAAUCGUGGUAUCAAAUCUCAUUCUAUGAGUCAAAGUCUUUCCACAAUGAAGCUUUGCUGAAAUUCGCAAAGUUAGAUUUCAACUUGCUUCAAAUAUUGCAUAACAAGGAGCUAAGAGAUCAUACUAGGUGGUGGAGAAGUCUAGAUAUGGUCACAAAAUACCCUUUUGCGAGAGACAGAGUGGUAGAGGCCUACUUCUGGAUUUUGGGUAUGUACUACGAGCCUAAGUACUCGUAUGCAAGGAUGUUGUUUAACAAAUUGUUCAACUUUAUAUCCGUCAUAGAUGACAUCUAUGAUGCUUAUGGAACCAUUGAAGAGUUAAAAACCUUCACAGAAAUGAUUCAAAGGUGGGACAAAAGUUGCAUCGAUCAACUUCCAAACUACAUGAGAGCCAUUUCUCAAGUUAUCUUUGAUACGUUUGAAGAAAUUGAACAAGAUUUAGCUUUGGAGCAACGAUCAUACGCUGUUGAUUAUCUCAAAAAAGAAAUGAAAGCUAUAUGUCAAUCUUACUUGCAACAAUCUGUUUGGCAUCAUCAAAAUGUUGUUCCGACAUACGACGAAUACAUGAAAAAUGGCAUUAUAAGCUCCGGCUAUCUCUAUGUUGCUACUGCAUCUUAUCAAGGCAUGGGGAAGUUGGCAUCAAAACAUGCCUUCGAAUGGGUUGACGAAAAUACAAAGGCUCUAAAGCCUUCAUGUAUACUUGCCAGGCUCUUGAACGACAUUAGUAGCCACAAGUUUGAGAAGAAUAGAAGUCAUGUUUCAUCUGCAAUAGAUUGUUACAUGGAUCAAUACGGAAUCUCCAUUGAAGAUGCUUCGAAGGAGCUCCAAUUACACAUUGAAGAAGCAUGGAAGGACAUGAAUGAAGAAAUAAUUGGGACAAGAAUUGUUCCAACGCCUAUAUUACUUGCAGUUGUCAACGUAACAAGGACAUUAUAUGACUUUAUCACCCUGAUGAAGAUGGCUAUACUAUAGGCCAGUUCUUGAAA